CAGCGGAAUAUCAAUAAUCUUCAUAUCCUCGAAUUAUCAAGGUUCAACCAUGGCAAAACGCAAGAGAGAAGAGACUCUGAAGGAGUCGCAACCUACAAAGCAGCCAGCAAAGGUUGCCAAACCUUCAACAAAGGAAGAAUCGUCAUCUUCUGACGGACCUGCGAUCACCUUGCAAAUCGUCACCGGAUCUUAUGAACGAGUGUUGCAUGGCUUCACUGCGUCCAUUUCUUCGUCCAGCUUGGCUGUGGAUGACUCGAAGCAGUCUUCCAGUAGUCCAUCUCUAGUGCAGUUUGUGGAUACAUUCUUGUUUGAGGCCCAUUCAUCCGCAAUUAGAUCUCUGGCUUUGUCACCAAUGCCAAAAGCAGAGCUUACAGAACCUCCAAAAGUCAUCCUAGCGAGCGGAGGUACGGAUGAACGGGUCAAUCUCUAUACUUUGGCCGCUGCUCCUCCUACCGUGAAUGAAUACUAUCCAGCAGUGCCUACCCUUGCUGGGAACAAGGUUUUAGAAAACCCUAGGAACAGAGAGCUUGGAGCUUUGCUACACCAUUCUGCUCCCAUCACCGCUAUUCAUUUUCCUUCCAGAUCGAAACUUCUAGUUGCCGCGGAGGACAAUACGAUAUCUGUUACGAAGACUCGAGACUGGACUGUUGUUUCCAACAUAAAGGCUCCUCAUCCGAAAGUUCAAGGCAGGCCGAGCGGUGAUACUGCACCUCCUGGAGGCUCUCCAUCCGGCGUCAAUGACUUUGCUGUACACCCAAGUAUGAAGCUGAUGCUAAGUGUGGGUAAAGGAGAAAAGUGCAUGCGACUCUGGAAUUUAGUUACGGGAAGAAAAGCUGGCGUCUUGAACUUCACCAAGGACAUUCUACAAAGCGUUAAGGAAGGGAAGUGGAAUACAGGCGAGGGAAGAAGGAUUGUGUGGAACUCUCAGGGAACUGAAUUCGCCGUCGCGUUUGAAUGGGGUGCCGUUGUUUUCGGGAUCGACUCGACCCCUACUUGCAGGGUAUUCCCUAGUCCUCGAAGCAAACUUCACCAAAUGAAAUACGUCCCACUGGGAUCCUCGGAGGAUGCUAAUGAACUGCUUGCUGUCUCAACUGAGGAUGGCAGGGUUGUAUUCUACUCGACUAAAAAACUACGACAACCGGAAGAUGGUGAUGAGUCCUCUAUUCCUCAUGCUGAAGCGGUCGCCCAAUUCGGGGGCCGAUCACAUGGCUUUCCCGGGAGAGUAAAAGAUUUCGAAAUCAUCAGUCUGAAGGAACAGUCAGCAUCCCAGAGGGAUGAUUUUCUUGUGGUCACGGCAAACAGCGAAGGUGUCGUGCGUGUAUGGCUGGUACAUGGUACCGCCCUAGGACGGGAGACCGCAAAACAAUCCAGCGACUCAAAGGAUAUUCAAGUUGGAAAGCUGCUUGGUUCUUACGACACGGGCAAUCGCAUUACCUGUCUCAAAGCAUUUGCGAUGCGUCCUGCAGAAGACCCUUCUACACUUGAAGAUUUUGAAUCGUUUGAUGAGGAAAGUGAGGAAGAAUCGAGCAGCGAGGAAAAUGGUGACGAGUAGGGAAGGUGAUCAUGUUCUCGAUGUUACUACUUGGUAAAAUGCUAGUCUUAUAUACCCAACCCUUAUUACUAUCAAGGAGUGUAAAAAAAUGACGGACAUCAAGACGAGUAUUCUUACAAUGAUGUUGAUGAUGAUUCUUGGAAGCAUCCGUUUUUGAGGAUGACUCAUAGUCAGGUAUAAAGAGAGGAGGACAGGCUGAAAAAAUAGG